AUGCCAUCAGAGCGCGCAGCAGCCCUCUCGGCAGCCCUAGCAGGCGUUUCCCACCCCUUCAGCUCGCGCCGCGCCGCCCGCGAAAGACAGCACGACUCGCCGCCGCCCCCAGCAGGUACGGACAGCUACUAUGGUGUCCGGAGUCUGGAGGGGAGCGUCGAGUGGGACGACGAUGCGUCGGCCAGCGGUGGUGGCGACAGCAGCCCAGCACCACAGCAGCAACACGAAACGACGCCGACACGCGACGACAACCACAGCCCAUCGCACCACACCGCCGCUAGUGAGCCAACGACGCGUGGAGGCCCAUCUUCGUCUUCCCAUGUCAUUUCGCCAAGCCGCGAGACCACGCCAGGCCGCGAGACCACCCCCGACGCCGCCGCUGCCGUGACAAGUACAUCUGCCGCCGCUAUCGCUGCCCAGUCGGCCGAACCACCAGCCCCACAAGAUUGCCGGGCGGACGCGUCAGCUGCCGCCGAACUGCCGGCCACACACCACCAACACGCGCCGCUGCAGCCGCCGUCGCACAUCCCGAUCCCACACCACGCGCUUCUGGACGCGCUGGCCGACGCGCCGUCCGAGCCGUCGUCACCGGUGUCAGUCGCCUCGCUGCCAUCGUACACGGCGUCGCUGAGCAGCCUGUCGCGCAUGUCGUCCCCUGCCGACUGGGACUGGCGCCACCCGCUCACGUCGAGCGUGACAGCCCUCGACCUCAACCACGACGGCGACGACGCGCAGAGCCUCGCGUCCCUCGGCCAGCCGCGCGGUAGCGAGGAGCUCGUCCUCCCCACCCUGUCGCUGCCGAGCACGAGCCUCCACCUUGGCUUGGACCGGUGGCCUGGCCCGUCAGAGGGCACGCGGGUGGCCUUGCUCGCGUCGCCUGCGCGCACGCGCGACGUGCUCGGUGCGCUGGCUGCGCGCCGCCGCUGCGUCCAGCUCGGCCGUGGCGAGGUUGGCAUUGUCGAUCAUGGCGGGGAAGGGCUCGAGGCGACGGUGCUGUCCGGGCUCUCGGUCGCCGAGCUGCGCUCGCGUACGACGGCAGCAUACCUUACCCUCAACGCCCUGCUUCACCCCUCUUUGUCACCGCUGCAGUCGGGCGUCGGAAACAUGGUCAACAACUAUGCGAGCACGUCCCCGGACUGGGUGCAUCUCGUUGUGGCGCUCGACGAUGAUGAAGACGACGCACACGCUGUCGACGUCGUGCCUGUGACGACACUCGACGAGGAGAAGGCAAGGAUGGUUCAGGAGGCGAUCGAGGCGGUCGUUGAGCCCGCCGACGCUGUAGACGGUGACGAUGACGAGGAAGAGAGCCGCAGGUCCGCAACUCCAUCGACGCCGUCAACCUCCAACAUUCUCGAGCCUACGCCCCGCCUCUCAUCGCACCGGAUUGAGCCCUCGUCGCCGAUCCCAGACCUGCUACCUGCCCCAGACGAGACGCCACUCGCCGUCGAAAGAGGCAACCCCACCGACGAUCUGCCCGGCGCAGAGGACGACGAGCCGCUGACCCCCGGCUCGCAUACCAUCCAGGAAACUGUAAUGCUGAUUGAGCGCAUCCUCGACGACCCGCACCGUGUGCGGUCAGCUUCUGCUGCCACUUUCUUGUCCUGGCGCCCAACCGCCAACUCGACAAUCGACUCGCUCCCCACUGUCCCGCCAACCCAGACGUCGUCCCUCACGGCCGACACGACCUCGCCCGCGUCGUCAAACUACGACGUAGGCGGCGUGCCCAUGCCAACCGUAGCGCGCGCCGUGGGAGGAGGCGAGUGGGAGGCUACGCUGAGCCGCCGGCUGGCGCAGCGCCGCGAGGUCGACGCGUCGGUGCACCGCAGUGCGCGGGGUGCGCGUGCGCGCGCGCGUGGCCGUCGCCGCCGCAGCUCGCACAGCCCGCCACAUGGAGCGAAAGAGCCAUGUGCGCCACUGUUCCCCCGGCAUCGUGCCGCCGCCGCGUCUGUUGGCCUGGCUGACCUCGUCGAGGGCGUCUUUGGCGGCGUCAAGCAAGUCCUGGCCCGCACGCCGUGGUCGCGAGUCGUCAUGGCUUGCGCGGUGGCCAUCGCCGUGGGCUGCGGAAUCUGGGCAGUCCGCGUGCGAGUGUAA